GCUUAGCCGGGACAACAAAAUAUUCCGAAUUAUGGGUCUGGAACCGUCUCCAAACCCAAUACUAAGCGGUUAUAUACACUCAUCCCCCCCCAAAGACUUACAGGCGCGGAUACACGUUCCCCAACAUUUCGUUACAAGAGAUGAGCAAUGACCACCCUCAUUCGCAUAUUGCACUUGCUUAAUAGCGAGGAUGCUCAAACACACCUCACGAAACGGCAAAAUGCUACACAGGAGCCUCUCGUGGGCGGGGAUAGAGCGGGUUUUAUUGCUAUGGGGGUGAUCGCACUUUGCUCUUUUAUUUCAACUCUCUGUUUGCUAAGUUUCCUCACAUACCGUUUCAUCUUUUGGAAACGUUACUAUAAACGUCCUCUUGCCGCCAACCAAUACGUCGUGUUGAUUUACAAUCUCCUUCUGAUUGAUAUCCAACAAGCAACAGCCUUCUUGCUAUGCCUCCACUGGGUCUCGCGUGGCUAUGUCUACUAUCCAAGUGCGGUCUGCGUUCUGCAAGGUUGGUGGAUUCAGGUGGGUGACCCUGGAAGUGGGCUAUUUAUCAUGGCAAUUGCGAUGCACACCGGUGCAGUUGUACUGAGAGGGCGGCAACUUCCACACCGGACUUUUGUGUGUUGCGUUGUAGCUCUAUGGGCCUUCAUUAUCGUGCUAGGAUUGAUCCCUGUAGGGUUAUUUGGUUCCAAAACUUUCGUCAUCUCCGAGGCCGGCUGGUGCUGGCUUGGUCCGGAACACGAGACGGAACGUCUCUGGGCCCAUUAUCUAUGGAUCUUUCUCGCCGAAUUCGGAACUGUCGUCUUCUACGGCAUGUUAUUCUUUCACCUACGACGUCGUAUGAACCAGGCGGCGGUGCUCCGUCAAAGACACCAAGAAAGUCUGAAACGACUCAACCGUGUCGUCAUUUACAUGGUUAUUUACCCGAUCGUAUACCUGGUCUUAUCCCUUCCACUGGCAGCAGGCCGUAUGUCGACGGCCAGACACAUUGUUCAAAGUAGAGGAUAUUUCGCCGUGGCUGGGUCCUUAAUGGCGUUGUCGGGGCUGGUUGACGUUGCUGUGUACGCGUUGACCCGGCGGCACUUGCUGCUGGAUACGGAGAUCAGCACAUCGGAUAAGAUAUAUGCCUACUCCAAUUCGAACGCGUACCAAACGCAUAUCACAACUACCACGAGGGAGAACAAGAAGGUGCGUGUGGGGUCUCGGUUACGCCGAGGUCUCCAGACACUAAAUGACACGAUAAACGACGGGGAUUCCACUGAAGACCUGCGCAAGGGUGGCGACAUGGAAAUGGCCGACCUGGGCCAUGGAGUGUACCAGGAGACAACGAUCGAGAUCUCGCACGAGCCAGCGGACCCAGUCGAAUAUCACGGAAACCAACGGAGUAGUGGAUGAUGUGGGCACCGGGCGGAGCUCCCAUCUCCACUAAGAAAAUUUUUUAUCAUACGUCCUGCCCUUUCAUUACUUUUCCUUUUUGUCUUGUGCCUUCGGGGCCCUUUUUUUUCUUGCACAUUGUUUUCAACUCCCAUUUCUUAAUUGAUUAGAAUGAUAUUAUUAAUGAUACCCCGGCAUGUUUCUCUGGCUUUUGUUUCUUUCGUCAUGACCUUUUCAACUCGAAUGUACGUAACCAUUUGUAUAAAUCCGUCAUACGAUGUCUAGUACCGGGCCGAAUUUUCGGCAAACGUUUCCAU